AAGCUUCUGGCUUACAAUCACACGCAACGAGUGCCCUUCGUGAUACGCCAACCAUGGAGUGAAUCCACGCAAUGCGAACGAUUCUUGAACGAUGUGUAGACAACUGAAUCCGAUCAAGCGUGAAACAUGGCAGGGUAGAACUCUUCGAUGUCACUGACUGCUGUUUGGUCUUCUUCAUUCAUGUCAUUUACUGACGGAAUGUGAUGCCAUCCGACGUCUAUCUUAUGAUUAGGGAUUGCUUCAUAUCCUUCUUUUCCGUUGGAGUUUUCCCUAUAAAUUCUGAACAAUUGUCAACUGCGCUGUCAGUCGUUAACAACCUAUAACCUCCGCUAUCGUGUCGCGAUGAAGUUCUUGUGGUUAAUCGUUCUGUUCGUUCACGGUGAACUCUCUAUCCUAGCUCUACCUCAUCCCCAAGUGAUGGUCACCCAAAUUCCUUCCCCAAAUCGAGUGACCCCAGUGCCAACCUUUCGACAACCAGCAAAUUCCUCGACCACAGCAUCACCUUCUCUCGCGGCACCCCCAUCGCCCUCACCCUCCACCAUGGAGCAAGACCUGAAACGGGUGGCCAUGCUGGGGAUCCUCUUCGGAGCCGUCCAAGGCGAAGCCGCCAUGGAGCGGAAACUGAACCGGCAGCUGCAGGACCUCAGCCGGACCUUCGCGGUGUCGAAAUUCGACGCCAAGACACGCAAGGUGGCGGCCCUCGAGCGCACCAUGGAACGGGACCAGGUGGCCAUCGGCAUUCUGAACGGUGCGCUCGAUUUGGCCACCAAAAUGAUGACCUACGAGCAGUACAGGCGUGAAAUGAGAAAACUGUCCGAGCGCGCAAAACAAACUGCCGGAGCAUCGCUUCCCCUACUGCGGAAAAAUCCCGGCACGAUCAACCCCAACCAGACGGACUACGACCUGAAGCAGAUCAAACGUGAGGUCAACCGCCACAUCAACCGGAUGCGCAGCGGCCUUUCGACCAAGAUCAAGGAAACGGUCCAAUAUCUGGAGAGUCACGAUGCUCUGGCCACCAUGGAUCAGGUGGAUGCGGCAGCGGUUAAGGCUAAGAUCACGAUGGGCGGAACGAAUAGACUGCCGGACUACAGCUUCUACGAAGCAGUGGUCCAGAGGGAUCUGGAGAACCACAUCGAUGCGUUGUUCCGGCGAAGGCAAGAUGCUGACGAUGAGGGUGGCGAGGGUGGCGAGGGUGGCGAAAAUGGUGGUGAUGGCCCGGCGAAGGGAAAGGACAGCAAGGAAAAUGGUAUCUCGGUUUCGUUGGGAGGCGAUGGGGAUGAGUCCGAGUCGGAAUCGGAAGAAGAGAUGCCCGGUGGGCUGGUAGGAUUGAUUGCUAAUUUGAGCGGUGGAGACGAGGGCUCGGAUGUUGGAGCACUGGUGGGGGCGCUGUCGGCUGCCAUUACGAAUAUCUUCGGCCCUGACGGACUAGACGUGCCUGGACUACUGGGAACAGGUGCAGGUCUGCUUGCUGGAUUACUCGGGGGUGACGAAAACUUUGGAAAAGUGCUGGGAAGCUACGUAGGCAUUGCUAUCGAGGGAUUUUCGGGCGGAGGCGCUGACAACAACGGAGCCUUCUUUGGAAACUUUCUGGGAUCGGUCAUUGCCGCACUUAGCUCUGAUCCUGAUGAUGAAAACCUUCCUCUAAGGCCGAAGCUUUUCAUUGACAACUUCUUCGCGGGACUGCAAGAAGCUAAGCGGAAGGGUGAUCCGGAGGCGGAAGGUGCUGGACAGCACAAGGGAUCGGACCUGUUCGGCUUCAUCGGUAACAUCGUGGCAUCGAUCGUCGGUGGUGUCACCAGUUUAGUUCUCAAUGCAUCCCUCGGAUCGUCCGGUGGAUCCUCCCAGGGCUCGGCAGAUGCUUCCGGAGCAUCGUCGGCCGGCAGUAGCGGAGACAGCUGCAAACAUCCUUGCGAUAGUCUCGCUCUCUAA